AAGUCGUGUGAAGCAAACGCCAUCUCUCUCUCUCUCUCGCUCUCUCCUUUUCUAUCUCUCCUUCCUCUUCCUUUCCUGCUCUGUCUCAGUUGCAAAAAUAUAUUAAUCAAAGUAAAGGAGCACUGUCCAAUCGUUUCUGAUUAUAAAAUUUUAUUAGAAUCAAAUUGUAACUAGAGAGAUCAAAAAUCCAAAUUCCAAGACCAAAAUCAGAAACCUGCAAAAUUCAUAAUCAGAAGGCGGCGCCACGCAAUGGGUCAAGUCUUUCGUAAGCUCUUCGAUACCUUCUUUGGCAACACCGAGAUGCGGGUUGUGAUGCUAGGGCUGGAUGCAGCUGGUAAAACAACCAUACUUUACAAGCUACAUAUUGGUGAAGUUUUAUCUACUGUCCCAACAAUUGGGUUCAAUGUGGAGAAAGUUCAGUAUAAGAAUGUGAUGUUCACUGUUUGGGAUGUUGGUGGACAAGAGAAAUUAAGGCCACUCUGGAGGCAUUAUUUUAAUAAUACAGAUGGACUGAUCUACGUUGUUGAUUCCUUGGACCGUGAGAGAAUUGGAAAAGCAAAAGCAGAGUUUCAGGCCAUCAUCAAAGAUCCAUUUAUGCUCAACAGUGUCAUCCUGGUAUUUGCCAACAAACAGGACAUGAAAGGAGCAAUGACGCCAAUGGAAGUAUGUGAAGGAUUAGGCCUUUUUGAACUCAAGAACAGAAAAUGGCACAUACAAGGGACUUGUGCGCUGAGGGGAGACGGCCUGUACGAGGGCUUGGAUUGGUUAGCUUCAACUUUGAAAGAAAUGAGAGCUGCUGGAUAUUCUUCAGCGGGCACCUCAUCAUUCUAAUAUUCCAGGUUUACUCGAAGACUUGAUGUUCGUGUAGAUGAAGGCAGAGUGUUGGCCAUGGAAGUCCUGAACUGUAAUCAAAUUUUUGUGGGUUGUCUAAAACAAAAGGAUUUUAUUAGGGUUCAUACCUUUGGUCCUACUGGGUACUUACAUGCGACUUCCAACAAUGUAAAUUUAGAUGCUGAUGAGGCCCUUUCAUUGAAAGUUGAAUUGGGAACUGGGAAUCUAUAGAUGUUAAGACGUCCCUUUACAUACAAGGUUAAAUGAUUGUUAUUUGUUAA